AUGUCGUCCGCCAUCCUCGGUCUCCCUUCCGUCCCCCCGGAACUCAAGGCAAUUACGCCCUAUCUCCAGAGAGCAGAGGAGCUCAAGAAACAGGAUCCCAUUAUCGCCUAUUGGUGUGCAUACUAUGCAGCCCAGGUCGGCAUCGCAUUGAAGGCCCGCGAUAGUCAAUCUCGCGACCUUCUCUAUGCUCUCCUUGGGACUUUGGAGCAAAUGAAAGCUGCUAUUGGCCACAAAGAUGCUCUCGAUGUCGAGAUCGUCAGCUCCGCAUACGUGGAGAACUUCGCGCUCAAGGUGUUCGCGAAUGCUGACAACGAGGAUCGUAGUGGUCGCACAACCAGAUCCACGGCCAAGAAGUUUCUGGCGGCAGCCAAUUUCCUCGAAGUCCUGAAGACGUUCACUCAAGUAGACAUAACUGAAUCAAAUGAGGAAAAGAUCCGAUACGCUAAGUGGAAGGCUGCGGAUAUCGCCAAAGCCUUCCGUGAGGGUCGCAAACCCGUUCGUGGUCCUCCGGGCUGGGCAGAAGAACAAGAGGAACUGAAACGCCAGCAGGAGGGAACGGAGCAGUUCACCAUUCCCUCUCCGCCCAUGUUACCCCUUGCCCAUUCGUCAGAUUCCGCGCUCGUUUCUUCAUCUCCUCGGAUUUACAAGCCAGGCACUUCCCCUCCUCGUUCAUCAUAUGCUUCCUCUACAUCAACGGUCUCUCCACCGUCGUCCUCACUGCCCAAUUUUGACCAUCAAGCUAUGGUUGAUCAACCUCGUGGAAGGUGGGCUGAGCACGGCGAUCUUGCUUCCGGGACAUGGAGCACCACAGCCACUCCAGGAACGGAGGUUGCGGAUGUCUUCAGCAUGGACGCACCCAGUCCAAGUCGUACAGCAUUCGAUGGCCCGAUGAACGUUGGACGCACAAAACCAAGGAGUGGAAGCGGCAGCAGUUCCAAUACCAUCGGGUCCAACGGUAGCAUCAAAGGUGUGCUGAAGAAGACGGAUGGGCUUGAAGGUAAACAUUCUCCUUCGUCGUCCCCCUCCAAGAGCUCUGUUAAGUCGAGAUCGCCGGAUUCGGACAAGAAGGUACACUUCACUCCUUCUACUGCUGGGUCGCCUCCUCCGCCUUCUCCGUCGCAACUCAAAUCAAGUCCGCCGAAGGAAUAUAUCGGUCCGUCAAGCAUAUACGCACCACUCCCUCCGACUGUAGUCAGCCCAACCCACACAACACAGGUAUAUCCUUCAUCAGGAGUUCCUCCAUCAAUUCCUCCGCCGUCCCUCUCUCCGCCACGAUCGUAUAUCUAUUCGUCACCGCCGCCCGCUCGGAAUUCACCCCCACGUAGCACUGGAAUUUAUGCUCAUCCCAUUGCCCCUCCGCCGAUACCCAAGGAGCCUUUCGAGUUGACUCCAAGCAUCAUUGCGAAGGCUCAGCGGCAUUGCCGAUUCGCGAUUAGCUCGCUGGACUACGAGGAUGCCGAACAGGCCCGGAAAGAGCUUCGAGCUGCACUCGCUCUCCUAGGAGAUUGA